CUAUACCUCUGCCCUGUUCUUGUUUUGAAGCUCUCUUCUCCUAGCAUUCCUGCUUUACCAUCCUACCUUCAGUUACAAGUCGACAAUGUCUUCUUUCUUCGUUUUCGAGAACGUGGAGAACGCCUACACUCCCCGGCCCUCUCCGACCACAUCCCCUGCCGGCAGCCGCCGCACAUCCGCCGAUGGCAGUCCCUACGUUCACACAAUCUGGAAGUCAAGCGAGCAGCACACCGGUACCAUCAUCGGCGCCUGCCGGGACAUUGUGCUAUUCUCCGACGGCUGGAUGAUCAGCCACACAAACCCAAGCGAGGUCUACCGCCGUGCGUGUGCUGAUCAUCCGCUGCCCGCCGGGCUCACUUACCACCUGGCUGCCCUGCUCAACAACCGAGCGGCACUUUACAACAACGUGAUUGAGCGGAAUCAGCCCGUGCUCACGGUGCCCUCCUUUGUCAGCCCCGAGGAAGAGGCGGCGCACGUGCCGCUCUACAUGCGCGGCAGCAGCAAGCAGCAGCAGUCCGACACGCCCUGAAGGCAGCGCAUCAGGGAUGACUGCCCACAUUAU